AGAAAAUUGGCUAAACAUAAAAAAUAAAAAGAAAAAUUUGUCAAUCAAAUUUGGUUUCGUCGGAAUCCAUGGCUUCUUCUUCUUCUUCUCCGAUGAGGCAAACAACUCAAGCACCUCCUAAGCUCGGUCUCUCUCUUCUUCACCGUCAUCCCCAAACCUCUACUAUCUCUUUCCCGACUCGGACAAACCGAAACAACCUUAUCCUCAAUCCAUGUCGUUCUUCUUCGUCAUCGUCUUCCAUGACUGUACCAAGCAGCCCAAAGAGGAAGAGGACAAAGUACAGGAAACAGUACCCAGGAGAAAACGUCGGGAUAACAGAGGAAAUGAGAUUCGUCGCCAUGAGAUUACGCAACGUUAAUGGGAAGAAACUGGAUCCCGAAACCGACAACGAAGAAGAAGAAGAAGAAGACGAUGGUUUGGAAGGAGAGACAUGGAGCCCGAGCAAGGAAGGAUUUUUAAGCUUCUUGGUCGAUAGCAAGCUUGUCUUCGACACUAUCGAACGAAUCGUAGAUGAAUCUGAGGAUGUUUCCUAUGCUUACUUUAGGAGAACAGGAUUAGAGCGAUGUGAGAGUCUUGAGAAAGAUCUACAAUGGUUUAGAGCACAGAAUUUGGUGAUACCGGAACCAAGUCAGGUUGGAGUUUCGUAUGCAAAGUACUUGGAAGAACAAGCGAGUGAAAACGCAGCUCUGUUUCUUUCUCAUUUCUACAGUAUCUACUUCUCUCACAUUGCUGGUGGUCAAGUUUUAGUGAAGCAGGUAUCUGAGAAGCUUCUUGAAGGGAAAGAGCUGGAGUUCAAUAGGUGGGAAGGAGAUGCACAAGACUUGCUUAGAGGUGUCCGUGAGAAGCUUAACGUGCUCGGGGAGCACUGGACUCGGGACGAGAAAAACAAAUGCUUGAAGGAAACCGCAAAGGCGUUUAAGUAUAUGGGGCAGAUAGUUCGAUUGAUCGUCUUGUAAAAAAAAAAAAAACUCUUGGUUUCAAAAAAAAUCUUGAUGUUGCGUAGUUGCUUACCUUAAGUCUUUGCCACCCUACAAAUUUUGAGGUUUCUGUUAUCUUGUUCCGGUCCCAAGUUCUUUCAUGAUGAGCUCGUGCAAAUGCUUUGAUCUCUCGCUUUCUCAUUUUUUGAUGGUAGCAUAUGUUAGUUAAAGAGAAUCGAGAGGAAGAAGACGAUGAAGAAAGAAGAUUUUGUUAUUCAUUACUGUAGAAAAUGUUGUUAUAAGAUGUGUAUUUAUAUGAAUACAAGAGAUUCCGGUA